ACUUAUCUCUUAUGCCUCGUAUCAAACGAUCCCUAAUAUCUACGAUGUGAUUUUCUCUUUAUAAAGACAACUCUUUCAAAAUAUCGAUGAGACCCUCCCGACCUUUGUCCCGCUUUUAUUAUUCACCUACUACCAGACAGAUGACCCCAAUUACAAGUGCAUCUUAGCUCUGACUCUCUCUCAAAUCAUAUCUGUUUUUCAUCUUCAUUAACUUGAUUAAAUAUCUUAUUCACGUCUGACUCACUUGGGCCAUUUCUUAUUCUUAUUGCUAAGUCUUUUUGUUUGCCUUUUUGACAAGGAUGGAAAAGUUCUUUUUGGCUUGAAAAUUGUUGAAAUAUUGCUAUUUCUGCCUUUACCCUUUUCUUUGGGUUAUUCCCUCUUCUAAGUCUCUCUCUUUUCCAAUCAAAUUUCAAGCUUUUUCUCUUUGCCGUUCUGUUCUUGGAGGUGGAAUUUCAGGGCCAAUACAGUUCUUGUGUUGUUUGAGCUGUAGAUAAGAAUCUUUUUUCAUUGCUGUCUCAGAUUUUUGAGCUGCAGACAAGAAUCAACUGUUGGUAGUAUCAUCUGGUAGCUUACAGCUCACUUUAGUUGUUGAACAAACUCUACUAUAGUUCUUAGUCAAUAGAAGAAAGGCAAGAAGUGAACUUUCUUGGAAAAAUGGGGCCGUCAAAAUCAUUUGGGGUGUUAUUUGUUGUAGGCCUGUUAUUUUUCCCCCCAGACCAAGUGACUGGGAUAGGUGCCAACUGGGGCACUCAGUCAACACAUCGUUUGCCACCUGAAAUAGUAGUGAGAAUGCUAAAAGAUAAUGGUAUCCAAAAGGUUAAACUUUUUGAUGCUGAUUAUGACACACUCAAAGCUUUGGGUAAAUCUGGUCUUGAAGUUAUGGUUGGUAUUCCUAAUGACAUGCUUUCUACUAUGGGUAGUUUGAAAGCUGCUGAGAAAUGGGUUUCUAAAAAUGUUUCUGUCCACAUCAAUGACAACAGUGUCAAUAUCAGGUAUGUCGCAGUUGGAAAUGAACCUUACUUGACAACGUACAAUGGAACUUACCUUCGAACAACUCUUCCUGCUAUGCAAAAUGUCCAAACUGCUCUCAUAAAAGCUGGCCUUGGUAGUCAAGUAAAGGUUACUUGCCCUCUCAAUGCAGAUGUUUAUGAGAGCUCCAAUAGCUUUCCAUCAGGUGGUGAUUUUCGAGCUAAUAUCCAUGUCUAUGUAAGCCAACUUGUCAAGUUCUUAAGCGACAAUGGUUGUCCUUUUACUAUCAAUAUCUAUCCAUUCAUAAGUCUUUAUAUUGACCCCAACUUCCCAGUGGAAUAUGCAUUCUUUGAUGGAAAUGCAACACCCCUAAAUGAUGGCGGGACAAUCUACACCAACAUGUUUGAUGCAAAUCACGACACUCUUGUGUGGGCUUUACAGAAGAAUGGGUUUGGGAACGUCCCUAUAAUUAUUGGAGAAAUUGGUUGGCCCACUGAUGGUGACCACAAUGCUAAUGCACAACUUGCACAGCGAUUCAACCAAGGAUUCAUGCAGCAUAUAUCAGGAGGAAAAGGCACCCCUAUGAGGCCUGGGCCUGUUGAUGCCUAUCUGUUUAGUUUGAUUGAUGAGGAUGCUAAGAGUAUCCAACCUGGAAAUUUUGAACGUCACUGGGGAAUACUUACAUAUGACGGACUACCCAAAUACAUGCUCAAUCUUGGCACCACCAAUUCAGGGUCCUUAGUUCCAGCUAGAAAUGUAAAGUAUUUGGAGCGGAAGUGGUGCGUGUUUAAGCCCAAUGCUAAGGUUGAUGACCCCCAGAUUGCACCUAGCAUGAGCUAUGCUUGUGGACUUGCUGACUGCACGAGUCUUGGGUAUCAGACAUCUUGCGGAGGUUUGGAUGCACGAGGAAAUAUUUCAUAUGCAUUCAACAGCUACUACCAGAUAAACAAUCAGCUUGAUGAUGCUUGCAAGUUCUCAGGCCUCGGGACUGUCACAAAGUCAGAUCCAUCAACUGGUACUUGUAGGUUUGGGCUCAUGAUACAACCAUACUAUGGGGGUGCUCAACGAAAACAUGGCUAUACUAGGACAGCAUUGGUUCUGAUUCUGUUUUUGUGGACAAUUCUAUAACAAGUUCUCUUUUCUGGCUGUUUAGUUUGCGUUACAAAUUAUUGUUGACCCUGCAAUGUAGCAUCACCAAAAUAACAUUUUUUCUUCCAGUUGACAGCAAACAUUGAUAUUCAUUUGAAAAAUCCGAUGAUGAAAUUAAUGUUUGCUUCUGAUUUUGAACGUCAUGAGUUGCAGGGAUGAGGAUAUGAUUUAGCAUGUACUGUAUGGGUAAAUCUUGACAUGCUGCUAAGAUCUGAUAUAUGAAUUUAUGUCGAGUUUUCUGGAA